ACUUUGGACCACAGAAGAAGAGCUGCGAGAUACAGCGGAGGCUCUUUCCGAGCGGAGACGUGGCUCCGCAGCAGAGGAAAAACAUUUUUGGGCUAAAACUGUUGUUUUUUGUUGGGAUUUUAUUUUUUGUUGGGGGGGGAGAGGGUUUCCACUGAAGCAAGCAAACUAUGGAGCCCUACCAAGAUGAGGGCUGCGACGGCAUCGAGCUGCUCGACUGGCUGUUCGAUCAAAACGAGGGGAUCCUCCGUCACGAGGAAACGGGACGCCAUGGCAACCAUCACGCCUGGCCGGUCCAGGACCCGAGUAUGCCGCCGGCGGACGACGACUUCCUCAACGCCCUCCUGAGAGGAAGCAGCGGCUCCGCGUCGGGCUCGCCUCUCUGGGCCUCUUCUCCCAGCGACAGCGGGAUCAGCGAGGACCCGCCCUCGGACCAGAUGGACAGCCCCCGGCGUCCCGAGAGCCCCAACGGGGACGCGCGGUGCUUCGGCGCGAGGCCGCGGACCAAGGCGGGCCUGGAAGCCACAGCGUCAGCUGACCUCGAUGGCUGGCAGGCCGCAUUCCCAGCGGGCCGGACGGGGAUCACACAAUGCCCCCUCGAUGCGCAUCGAGCACAGAUGCCCUCUGGCUUCGCGCUGACUGUCAAGGAUCUGCUGCUGUCUGGCACCCAGGAGCCCCCUCCGCACCCUCCUCACCAGUCCAUUCAGGAGCUGAUUCUCAAUGAAGAUGAGAAAAAGCUCCUGGCGAAGGAGGGGGUGUCUCUGCCCGGCCAACUACCUCUAACCAAGUACGAAGAAAGGAUCCUGAAGAAAAUACGCAGGAAGAUUCGCAAUAAGCAGUCGGCUCAGGAGAGCAGGAAGAAGAAGAAGGAGUACAUCGAUGGGCUCGAGAGCAGGAUGGCUGCUUGCAACGCACACAACCACGAGCUGCAGAGGAAAGUGUCCCAGCUGCAGAAAUGCAACAUGUCGCUGAAGGAACAGUUGCGCAGGCUGCAGGCCAUGGUCAUGAGUUCCUCCCACAAGCCGGCCCAGGCUGGGACGUGUGUGCUGGUGCUUCUGCUCUCCUUCUCGCUGAUCCUGUUCCCGAGCCUCAAGCCUUUCUCUGACGCCAAGGUCAGCCAAGGAGACUUCAGUCCAGUCAGAAUCCAGUCACGUUCCCUGCAGAACCUGCAGGCUUCCCGCGUCCUGCACGUCACCGAGUUCCCCGCCGAGGAUGAGGUGGAGCCUCUGCACCGGCACGUCCCGGGACGUCGGGACGUGGAGGAUAUUACUGCCGUGAUGGAGAAGCUGGGAGUGAGCCCGGAGAGGCCCGACGCGGAGCCCGUGGCCGUGAACAGCAGCCGGCAGGAACGUGUGGUGGAUGAUUUCCACGUGGACCCAAUUACCGGUCACAUAGCUUCCCUGACCUUGGAUCCCCGGCGCUCUGCGAGGCUGCGACCGCACGCCGACGACAUGUGAAAGGACGGGAUUCAUCAUUUCUACGUGAAUUCCCUAAAUCGUCCUGCUCCUGAUGGCAGAGCGGGCAAUUAUCUGUUUUAUACAGUUUAAAAUAAUCGUUUCUGGCCUUUUAAUAUCGUUUAUAUAUUUAGUUUGUAUUUCUUUUCCGUGGUUGCGAUGCUGUUUUAUAGCGUGUUUUUGUUUUAAUCGUACACUGAAAUUGCUUUUGAAGAUGAACUUUGUAAUAUUAUGCUCCUGGCUUUGAUAAGAUGUCAGAGAGAAUUAGUUUGUUUAAGAAUGUCAAAAAAAAGCUGGGCACAUUGAGCUCUGAUGAUGUGUACAGUUUUGAUCCCAACGAAUAAUUUAAAAAAAUGAAAGGAUUUUUAAAGCAUGUUUCCAUUUAAUAAUUUAUUGGAAGUGUUUGGAAUAAUUAAUGAAUAAAAUCUGCCUCAAAUAAAAUAUGUCAAAACGAAA